AUGAGACGCUCCAUCUCCGUCCAACAGGUCGUUGAUGUAACGUACGAAAACGGGAAUGGAACAAUCAAGCAAAUCAACCAGUAUAAGGAACUAUGCUUGGUUGGAGAAGGUUCUUUUUCCAAAGUUUUCCUUGGACUUGAUGUAAAUACGAACAAAUACUAUGCAAUUAAACGUAUAAAUCUUAAAACAUUUGUAAGAUCAUCGAUGGGAAUACAUCAACUAGAAAGAGAGAUCGAAAUCAUGAGACAAAUUAAAAAUAAAUACGUGGUUCAAUUGCAUGAAGUAAUACACGUCCCAGAAAGAGAUGUUGUAUACCUUAUAGUAGAUUACGCAAAUUGUGGGAACCUUGAUCAAUUAAUAAAGUCAAAAGUCAAACUUAAGCCACAAGAAAUUUGUGCUUUGUUCAGACAGAUUGCAGAAGGUGUUAUGUUCCUUCACCAGCAUAAUAUUGUACACCAAGACUUAAAACCAGCGAAUAUCUUGCUUAAGUCUGAUGGAACAAUAUUAAUUUCAGACUUCGGCAUUGGUAGGUCAUUUCAGAGUGCAGCUACUGUAGUUGGUACUCCUGCAUACCAAUCACCAGAAGUUGUCGACGACGACUGCGAAUAUGACGAGGAAGAAGAGAUCGACCCUUGCAAGGAAGAUGUCUGGUCCCUUGGUGUUACUCUUUACCAGCUCGCAUUUAAUAAGCUUCCAUUUACAGGAAAUAACGUUUUCGAGAUCGUUCGUUCAAUUGAAUCAUCAGUUCUGAACAAACCAGAAGGCGCAGAUGACGUCUUGUGGGAUCUAAUUUUACACAUGCUUGUCGUUCAUCCAUCACGAAGAUACUCAAUUUUCGAUGUCAUUAACCAUCCAUAUACAAAGUCCGCUGACUUGAAAUUCGCUCCUAAAUGCCCUGCAUUUACAGUUCCAGAAGUAAAUUCAGAUGCUCCAAUUCAACACAUUCAAGGAAUUGUCUGUGACAAAGACUACAAAUUCCAGAAUUCAGAAGCAAAUGUUAAACCUAACUUACCAUUGUUUGCUGCUCCAUUCCAAUGA